AUGGGUCUCCCAGACCCAGCAGAAACACCAGACUAUACCACCUGGACAUCCGAACAAUUGCAGAAACGCAUUGCAGAUCUAGAAGCCCAACUGCGCAACAAUCGUAUCGCUCCCGUACCUGAUCCAUCAACUGUCCUUCCGCCAAAGAAGAAACAAAAGCAAGAUCGUCCUUUUGAUGCUAGUCGCUACAAUACCAGACACAUUGCGCUAAAGUUUGCGUAUUUGGGUCAGAGAUAUAAUGGCUUUGAACAUCAUACUGGAAAUAAAACGCCAUUGCCUACAAUUGAGGAAGAGUUGUGGAAGGCUUUGACAAAGACACGGUUGAUCUUUCCUUCGAGGCAGGGUCAAUUGAAAGAAGGAGAAAUCGACUGGGAAGGCACAGACUACUCGAAAUGUGGAAGGACGGAUAGAGGUGUUAGUGCUUUUGGACAAGUCAUCGGUAUUCGUGUGCGAAGUCUGCAACCUAUGCCGAAGGAAAAGCCAGCACAAGAAGAGAAUGCAGAUGCAAUGCAAGGAAUUGAAGGAAAUGCGAAAGAGCAGGAAGCCAACAAGGAAGACGCAAAACCAGAGAAGCCUUGGGAUCAUAUUAGGGAUGAGCUACCGUAUAUCCAACUGCUCAACCGUGUCUUGCCUGAGGACAUCAGAAUGCUGGCUUGGUGCCCGACGCCUCCUGCCGACUUCAAUGCUCGCUUCAACUGUCGCGAACGUCGAUACCGAUACUUCUUUACCCAGCCUGCUUUCGCGCCCGUACCUGGAGAUGCUGGACUCAUGACCACAGCAACUGGAAAAACAUUAAGAGAAGGAUACCUGGAUAUUGAAGCCAUGAAAGACGCGGCGAAGAGAUAUGAGGGCUUGCACGACUUCCGAAAUUUCUGCAAGGUGGACCCAGCGAAGCAAAUUACAAACUUCGAGAGGAGGAUCUUCAAGGCGUCGAUCGAGGAGGUAGAUGUCAGUCAGACGCCUGCAGGUUUCAUCUCGCAUCCGGCUUUUGCUCAGAAUGCAGAUGGCGAGAACAAGACGGGCGUGAACGGUGACUUGAGCAUUCCCAAGAUCUACACCUUCGAUGUCAACGGAUCUGCUUUCUUGUGGCACCAGGUGCGCCAUUUGGUUGCGGUAUUGUUCUUGGUCGGCCAAGGAUUUGAACCACCAUCAAUCAUUUCGGAUCUUUUAGACAUGGAGAAGUAUCCCACAAGGCCGAAGUAUGAGAUGGCAACAGAUGCUCCGCUAGUUCUCUGGGAUUGCAUCUUCCCCGAUCAUCCUGAUAACGAUCAGAGCAGAGAAGAUGACAUGGAUUGGGUCUAUGUAGGCGAGACUGGCGGCCGCGAGACCAACAAGCGUCCCGAUCUCGAUGGUGGAGACAGCAAGUUCGGCAAAGGGGGGAUUAUGGACUCGAUUUGGGAGGUGUGGCACAAGCGCAAGAUGGACGAGAUCUUGGCUGGUAGUCUGAUGGAUGUUGUCGCUGCACAAGGCAAGCGGUCACCAGCAGACGUCAAGCUGCCUCCAGCAACCGAAAGAAGUCCCAGAUUGUUCGACGGCGGCGAUUGGCCUAGACCAGUAGGCACGUAUGUUCCAAUUGCUCGUAAACAGAGGAUGGAACCCGUCGAGGUGGUGAACGCUAGGUAUCUCGAGAGAAAGGGUCCUUAUAAGCCCAAGUUCAUGCGCAAGGAUGAAGGAGAUGAGUAG